GGUUGCGGUUCAAAACUGCAAACCGCUAAAUCCCUACACGGAAGGUCGCCCACAAACACUUCAGUGAGACUUUUCACUUCCUCCUCCACUGCCUCAUCCAACCGCAGCAGUGUCUCCCCUCAAAUCACCUCUUCUCUCCUCGAAUCCCUCCCUCUCUUUACCUUCGCCUCCAUCCACCGCCACUCAGCCUCCUCCUCCUCGGGCGAUUGCACGGUCUGCUUCUCCAAAUUCAAGCCAAAUGACCAGCUCCGCCUCCUCCCUCUGUGCUGCCACACCUUCCACUCUGCCUGCAUCGACACCUGGCUCCUCUCCAACCAGACCUGCCCCCUCUGCCGCUCCCCGCUUCACGCCUCCAAUUCCGACAUCCUUAAGGCUCUCUCCUCCUCUUCCGUCUCCGACAGCUUCCGCCUCGAGAUCGGCUCCGUCAGUCGGCUCCAAGGGGACGACGUCGCCCACCAACACUUCAGCACUCCCCAGUCGGCGCAUUCCUCAGUCUCUACUACGGUCUUCGUUGGCGGUGGAGGAAGCAGUAGUAUCGCUUUCGAAGAUUUCCAUUUCCCAUCUGAUCUCAUCUCCAUUCAGGAUCACAAGGACGAGACGAUGCUCGGUGCAUUUCAUUCUCUGUUAUAG